AUGAAAACACUUCCAAAAUUCAAGCCAUUCGUGCAGACGUGUUCUGAUUGUGGGGAAACACAGAACAUAAUUGAGGACUACAAGAAUGGAUACCACGUGUGUGGAAGGUGUGGAUGUGUUGUUGGGAACAGAAUCAUAGAUGAGGGAAGCGAAUGGAGAUCGUUUGGGGAUAGCAAUAAGGUGGACCCAUGCCGUAUUGGAAGCGCAAGUAACCCUUAUCUUGAAUCUGAGCAAUUGGAUACGAUGAUAAGCACUGGAGGGGGAAUGAACUCCUAUAUGCUAUCGAAGAUUCAGAUGAAAAACAGUAUGAGAGGGCCCGAAAGAGCCCUGAAGCAUGGCAUGAAUCUCAUUACUGCGUUUUGCGAGAGAUCGAAUCUGUCAAGGACCAUCAUUGAUAGAGCACACUACAUCUUUAAGAACAUAGAGGAAAGAAAGCUUCUGAAGGGCAAGAAUGUAGAGGGGAUUGUUGCAGCCUGCAUAUACAUAGCAUGUAGGCAGGAAGAGUGCCCUAGGACAUUCAAAGAGAUAAGCGUAAUGACUGCCGUGCAGAAAAGAGAGAUAGGAAGGUGCUUCAAGCUGAUAUCUCCCCAUCUGGAAAGAAUGGCAACCAUGUCGACGGAAAACAUCAUAGCAAGAUUCUGCUCUGAUCUUAACCUGAAUAUCAAAAUCCAAAAAAUUGCAACGGAAAUAGCAAAAGCAGCACACGAGCUAGGAUGCCUUGCAGGAAAAAGCCCCGACUCCAUAGCUGCUGCUGUCAUAUACAUGGUAACCAACCUGUUCCCGGAGGAAAAAAAGAUCCAGAAAGACAUCCAGUUUGUCACCAAUGUCACCGAAGUUACAAUAAAAAACACAUACAAAGAACUUGUGGCUUUCAAAUACGACAUAAUCCCUGAGAACAUGGUCAACAAAGAAAGCAUAGAUAAGCUUCCAGGGUAUUGA